GUCUGAAGAACUUUGUGCUGCAGGAGCAUGUUGAAAGAAAUCCAAAUCUGCAGAUUCUGGCAGACACUUUGACAGAGUACCUGGUUAACAGAGGCGAGUCGUCACGAGGUGUUAUAUUUGUGAGAACUAAAGCUCUGGCUCAAGCUCUUUCAUCUUGGCUAAACAGAUGUGAAAAUGAAGAUCUCAGAGAUUUAAAUGCGCGCCCCUUCACUGGUUCAAAUACCUCAGAAUUGCUAGGAGGAACAUCUCAGGCAAGACAAGAGUGUAUUAUUCAGCUGUUCAGAUCUGGAUUUGUAAGAGUGAUUGUGGCUACUUCAGUUGCAGAGGAGGGUAUUGACAUCCCAGAAUGCAACCUGGUGAUCAAGUACAACCAUGUUGGAAACGAAGUGUCCACCGUUCAGACAAGAGGAAGAAGCAGAGCUUUUAAUGGUGUGUCCAUGUUGUUGGCCAUGGACAGUGUGCUGGAACGAGAACGUGAGAACAGAGAAAGGGCCAGGCUGAUGGAGCAAGUUAUUGAAGAUAUCAAAACCAUGGGCCGUGAUGAGUUUGCCGCAGCUGUUUACGACUGUCAGCAAGAAUUACUGAUCUCAGCUCUCUUAGCUGAAAAAGCAGAAGCAGCCAGAAGGGAACAGUUUAAAAAUGUCCCAUUUAAAGUAGUUUGCCCUUUGUGCAGAAAAGUUUCAAUUGAUCAUACCAAUAUGAGAACAAUAUAUGAAAAAUACAGAGUCUCUAUUGACAGAAAUUUGCUGAAUCAGAUUAUGCUGCGACCUUAUUGUGAUCCUGAGCCAAUGGAUGGACUUGACUUUGUGGGCCAGGUUUUGUGUAAGGGUGAAACCAGACCUGGAAAACUCUGCUACCAUCAGCUGGGUGUUAUGAUCAAACACAAGGGUGUUCCCAUGGUUGCAGUAGGCAUACAAAAAAUUGCCUUUCAACUGGAAACUCAGGCUGAACUCAAACAGCAUAAAAAAUGGAAGCAGGUGAAACUCCAUAUUAAAGAACUCAACUAUGAUGAUAUCAGAAG